GUUCAAUCGAAAUAAUUGAUGAAGAAUGACAGAUCAUUACCAUAGCCUUUCGUCAAUCUUGUUCCUAGACUGCUGGCUAAGGAACAAGAAGCUUUUUCAUUGGCGAAUUCCUUUUUCCCUCAGCGACUGUCAUUUUCGAGUAUGAUGCGAAAGCCAGAAGUUUUUAGCAGUAGUGUAGUGUAUGUAGCUAGAUCGCCGCAACUAGCCCCCUGAUUUGGAAUUCACUCGUUUCGUUUUUCCCCGCGCAUGAUUGAUAAAUAGAGAUAGACAGAAUUAUGAGUUUCCGACCCGAUCUUUCUGCCUUUACUGGCGGCGGUUCCGGAAAGAACAAAGGCGGCAAGUUCAAUGCGAACCUUUUUCCAGCGACGGCCCAUGCGCCAUUCCAGCCCGUGCCAGGAGCCGGUCCUGCAGGUCCGCUGCGCAGGCUACCCGACGACUACUUCAGCAAGAAGGGCAAGGGGCUUCCCAUGUCAUUUGGCAAGCAGACACAGAACGAUCAUGGUGGGAAGAAAAAUAACAAGGGGAAAAAUAAGGGCGGCGCGGCGGGCCGCUUUGACUUCGCAAAGGGGAAAAAGGGACCCAAGAGCAACAGAUACCCACCACACGACAGUAUCAAUGGGUCGUUUUUUGCGAAACGAGCCAUGAUAGAAGACCCAUGGGCAGAUUUGUACGAGAAGAAUGGCUUUUGCGUCGUUAAUCCGCCCGAGCCAGAGAGUCCAAAAAUACAAGAAAGUGUUCCAGAGGUACCAGCAGCCCCGGGUCCAGAACAACUACAGCCGCAAGGAUUGCCUAAAAUGCCACCAGCAGUAGCAAAGAGCGGCAGCGGCCCUUCACUGGGCUCGAUGCCGAAAGCCGUGUCGAAAGCUCGCGGUGGAGCGGCGCACUUUUUGGUGAUGCUGCCAAAACCGAAAGGCGAGGACGAUGAAAUAAAUCCUGCAAUAGCUGCUACAUCAAAUGCCAAUCAGAAUGGAGCAGACAAAGCACUACAAGACGAGACCGAAAAUUCAGCUGCAGGAUCUCAGCCAGCAAAGAAGCCACGCAUGUUUCUCGACCUUCCACCUCCCGCAGACGAAGUCGCAACCACAAAAAUCACACUCCCGAAAGCAAAAUCUUCGGCUCUGCAGCCUUUCGGGGAAAAAGAAACAAAGAAAGCACCUCCGACUUCUACGUCGUUCCUGGACUCCCUGCUCGCUGGAGCUGGAGAAGACGAGGAAGAGGGCUUCGACGACAUGGGGAAUAAUAGCUUCGACGACAUCCUCGCUCCAUCUUCAACCGGGUUGUUCGCAAAACUGAAAAACCAGGCGUCUGUCGCGGCCAAGUCGAAGUCGAUAGCGCCUGCCCCGGUAGGAGUAUCGAAGGCGAGCAGCAAAGCGACAUCUUCCGCGACAGUACCAGCCUCAACAGCUGUAGUUGUACCAGCGGCAAAUAAAACAGCAGCGGAACAUCCGCCAGUAGGGGUAGGCAACCGCGAUACAGCUGGUGUCGAGCAAGAAGAUGUGGCCCUCGAUUCGGAUGAGGAAGGCAGCAUCCAGAUGGAAGGCGACAUCUCCGAUGAAGAUGUGGCAAUGGAAGGAAAUCACACAGCAGGCAACCCCGAGAAGAAAAAUGUAGAUGUUGAAGAGACUCAUCAGAAUCAUCAUACCGAUGACAUGGACGAAGAUGGCGACAUAGAUUUGAAAUCUGUUGAAAGUAGUUGAGCCGCGACCGUUUUUUGGCAAGAAAAGUUGUCGAUUUUUCCCAUGAUUGAUGUACAUGCGACGUCAAAUCUGCACACGGCACGAGAUCAUCGUGCUCGAUUCAUGG